UUUUGUCAUCGUUCGUUACCUCGAACGUACAGCAAAAAGAGUUACAUCACGAUUUCACAAACGCAGUAAUCGGAGCAAACAAUUUCCACGAUUCGCCGUGUGCUAAGUGUAUAAAACGGUCCAACCUUCAUCUAGAACCAGCAGGCAGGCAAAGCGAUCUACAAUCAUCAACGAGCGGUAGUGAAAAGUGCGCCGUAUGCGCUUUCUAGCAUGCUCUAGCGCAGAUGAAAACGCAACGUGCAGGACGUCAUCAUCGUGUGUAAUCAGCAUCACUCGAAGGAUAUUGGGCAGCUCCUUGGCGUGAUAAAGUAUGACCGAAUCAAAGCAGUUAGUUGCUUAGCACCAGCACGAGAAAGAGAAACAGUUCCCAAUUCGUGUAGAUAAGGUUGAGUGCACACCGUGAGGAAAGUUCCACAUUCGCGAUCCCUUUCCAAUUGCUUCUUUUUACCCGUAAGCCGUGUUCCGCGUAAAACCAGUUUUAAAUGAUUUAUUUUUGAUUAGAUUUCGAGAAAACACGUGUUUGAGUUUGUUAUCAUUUUGAAGCCGUUGUAUCCUUCCCUCAUUCAUUCAUGCGAGCAAGAACGGAAGUGGGUGUAGUGGAUUGUGUUUUUGCAAAACAAAGUAAAAUGAAGGUGUAAUGAAGGAUUGAAUCUUUCGUACCCUGUUGUCGCUUUCUUUUCGUCAUCCUAGCGCUACAAUCGAGCGUGACUCGUGAAGUGGAAGCGAAGAAUCGAACUAAUCUUUCCUUACGAAUACGAGCAUACGGAUUAGAGAAAAAAAAAAUACGGUCUUAAAGUAUUAUGUUUGUAGCGUGUGUAACGAUAAGAGAUCCUCGUUCGAUUCGCAACGAUCGGUUGUAAAAUUGUUGAAAAAAAAACAAGCCGUAACGAAUUGUCACGUGUCGUGAUCGCUCUUCCUCUCGUUUCGUGAUUAAUAUCCUAAUUUACGGCCACCGUUCGUCACCGCUCGGCCACCGAUGGCAACCUACCUGAACCGCACAUUGUCGAUGGUGACCGGCAACGGAAACGCUUCCAUGUACGAAACGGCCGCCCUUAUCGAUCCGAACGCACGGACGCUGCACAACAAUGCGACGGACGUGUCACCGCUACAGAUCUUCGUACGAGCCAAAAAGAAGAUCAACGAUAUUUUCGUGGAGAUCAAUGAUUAUGUCGUCGAAACGACCGGUUUCAUCGAAGAACUACCCGCAGCGACCGAAAUCGUGGACAAAGCGGAAGCGGAACAGUUCAAAAGCUAUGUGCUCAAGGUACGAGGCAUUAGGGAGGUUUUGGCACGGGAUAACAUGAAGGUGGCGUUCUUCGGACGUACAUCCAACGGUAAAAGCUCGGUCAUAAAUGCAAUGUUACGCGAUAAAAUACUUCCGAGCGGUAUUGGCCAUACGACUAACUGCUUCUGCCAGGUGGAAGGAAUCGAUGGACAAGAGGCGUACCUGGUGAAGGAAGGAAGUGACGAGAAGCUGAACGUAACGUCUGUGAAACAAUUGGCGAAUGCACUGUGCCAGGAGAAGCUGUGCGAAAGCUCGCUGGUGCGAAUAUAUUGGCCACGUGAACGUUGCAGCCUGUUGCGGGAUGACGUCGUGUUCGUUGAUUCGCCCGGGGUGGACGUAUCGCCUAAUCUGGACGAUUGGAUUGAUAACCAUUGCUUAAAUGCCGACGUUUUCGUGUUGGUGCUAAAUGCCGAAUCUACUAUGACACUAGCGGAAAAAUCCUUCUUUCAUGAAGUGUCGACACGACUAUCGAAACCGAACAUUUUUGUGCUGAACAACCGAUGGGAUGCUUCCGCGUCCGAGCCCGAAUUUCAGGAAUCGGUUAAAGCUCAACACCAAGAACGUUGUAUAGAUUUCCUAGUCAAGGAACUAAAGGUGGCCACACCGAAAGAGGCCGAAGAGCGCGUGUUUUUCGUGUCCGCUCGCGAAACCCUGCAGGCACGGCUGAAGGAACAGGAAGGCCUUCCACCAAUUGCUGGUGCUCUUGCGGAUGGUUUCCAGAAUCGCUACUUUGAGUUUCAGGACUUCGAGCGCAAGUUUGAGGAAUGCAUUUCGAAGAGUGCCGUACGCACCAAGUUCGAACAGCACAGCUCGCGGGGCAAAAACAUUGCGAGCGAGAUGCGCAUGAUGCUGGACAGCAUCUACGAGCGGGCGAACGUGUUGCGCAACCAGAAGCUCGAACAAAAGAAGCGUCUGACGGAUCGGAUUGCGAGCACGGAAACCUCACUGAUGCAGGUAACGCGCGAGAUGAAGAUGAAAAUUCACACGAUGGUCGAGGAGGUAGAACAGAAGGUGGCAAAAGCGCUGAACGAAGAAAUCUGGAGGUUGAAUGUGCUGGUGGACGAGUUUAAUCUACCGUUCCACACGGAUCCACUUGUACUGAAUGUGUACAAGAAAGAGAUCAACGCGCACGUUGAAAAUGGGUUAGGAUCGAACUUACGCGCACGGCUCAGCACGGCACUGGCGAUGAAUGUGGAAACUGCGCAGCGGGAAAUGACGGGCCGCAUGACGGCUUUGCUACCGUCGGAAAAGAUGGCUGCCCAGCAGCACCAGGUGAUCGUUCGCACCCAACCCUUCGAGAUGCUGUAUACGCUCAAUUGCCAGAAUCUGUGUGCCGAUUUCCAGGAGGAUCUGGAAUUCCGUUUCUCCUGGGGAAUACGGGCAAUGAUUGCACGCUUUAAUGGUAAAAUUCGAGCUAACAAUCGAAAAGCGAUCACGCACCAUCGACAGAACAGCAAUAUGAAUAUGUCGCAGGUUCUUUCUCCAACCUCACCGAUGUGUCUUAUGCCUGAAAACGAGCUGAUAACGAACGAGCAGCUGUCGGUGAUUUCAAAGGUGGCCAUUGCCUCUAUAGGAUCGCAGGGAACACUCGGCCUUGUGGUGGCUGGUUUGAUGUUAAAAACCAUCGGUUGGCGAGUAAUAGUCGGCGCAGGUGUAAUAUAUGGCAGCGUUUACCUUUACGAACGAUUGUCCUGGACCAACACGGCAAAGGAACGAAACUUUAAGAACCAGUACGUAGAGCACGCAACCCGCAAGCUGAAGCUGAUUGUCGAUUUGACGUCAGCAAACUGCAGCCAUCAGGUGCAACAGGAACUGUCCAGUACGUUCGCACGAUUGUGCCGGGUUGUGGAUACUGCCAGCACGGAAAUGAACGAUGAACUGAAGCAUAUCGAAAGCUCCCUCGGAGUGAUCGAGACUAACCAGAAACAGAUCAAGCUGCUGAAAAACAAAGCAAACUACAUCAUGAAUGAGUUGGAAAUCUUCGAUAGCAACUACAUCAAGGCGAAUUAGUGAAUUUUUCUUUCGCUCCGAUAGUAGUGUACCUUACGAUUAAUCGGCAAUUAGAUUUUUUGACCAUUGAUAAAAUGUUUCGUUUGCCAGUUCGAUUUUUUUAUCGAUCGGGAAAUUGAAAGCAUCCGUAAAAAAUAGAAAAAAAUGUGAUUAUUUUUCAUCUCGCGGUUGUACAGUCUCGAGUCUAUCAAGUCUAGCAAUCGUUCGAUGUGGAGGAGCACAGCGAGCUCGUUGGCUGGAUCAAGUGGGUAGCUAGGGCUGUCGGAGAUUGGAUGCAGCAGGGGAUGGAAAAAAGUGGCCCUGGCCCAAGCUUUCUGCAAAUAGAUUGUAACCUGGUCGUGUACGCAUGAUGUGAGAAUGAUUCACUAUCUUCUAUCAACUGGCUCCGGAUGGGGUACACCGUUUAUCGAUUGUUUCAAGUAAGCAAUAGAUAUAGGAUUGAAAAAGAAACCAAACGCUUUUAGAGAUGCGGUUGCAGUAGUUAGCUAACGGGAUGGCUGGCAUGGUUUGGAAAUGAUGUUUCCUCCAUGGUGCUUGAAGAGGAGCAAAACAUUCGAUCGUAUGCCCAGUCCGUUCCUGUAUUGUAUGAUACUAUUUAAUGUACCGGUAAAAUGUAGAAAAUAUUACUUCUAUACUCAACUGUUGUUUGAUAUGUAAAAAAAAAACUAAAACUAAAUCGAAUCGUUCUCUGUUCCGUGAAUACAUGUAGUUUUGCCGCGGUGGUGCACCGGAGAAAUAUAUUAAACUUUAGCAUUCGACGUGAUCAAGUUUCAACUAAAAAUGGACCGUGGCGCAAUUGACGCAUAACCUCCGAUAGGCGACUUUUUACAAAAUAAAUUGAACAAGCAGCAUUAAAAACAUGAAAA